AUGUAUCGAUCCAUCCUCUUAUUUGCGACGGCAAUUCUACCCGCUAUUGUCGGAGCCCAACAAUUACAAGACGGCUCAAUUGUUCCAUUCUCAUCCGGCCUUCCAUCGUGUGCCUCGCAAUGUGGACCUCUUUCCGAUGUUCAAGGGGCUUGCAUUCCUCCAGUUACGGCCGAUGUCUCUAGCUCUUGUUUUUGCGCAGAUUCUAGAUUGACGCCUUUCCUUACUGGAACCUCUGGGGUAUCUUCUGUGUGUGGUGCUGCAAGCUGUACGUCGGAAACGGAUUUACAAAGUAUCGAGACUUGGUACCAACAAUAUUGCAAUACGCAAUCGGCAUCGACUACUACAUCGAGCAGUGGAAGUUCUGCUACUUCGUCGAGUUCAUCGGGGUCAAGUUCAGGUAGCACAAAUCAAUCUUGGUUCUCUAGUCAUGCGAAAUGGGUUGCAAUGCUUAUUGUACUUGUUGUUGGAAUAACACUUGCGUGGCUUAUCGCAUUCUAUUUCCGAAGACGAUAUCUUCGAAAGAGGGAAAAGGAAAUUGAAAUGAGACCACCAGUUGCUUUGGGGCCGCAUCAACUUCAAAAUACAACAGAUGGAUACAGAUAUGGAGAGGGCGCUAUUAAUGCUGCUGAAGGAGGACACCAUAAGGAAGCUACUAGGUCAACCGUGACAUCUACACCAGCAGAGGCAACGAGAGGCAAACGGGAAAGUAAGAGUCUCCAGAAAAAGCAAAGAACUUAA